UUGUGAUGUGGAACGGGAAAAGUUUGCGAGGACUUACGUUUGAAGAGGUGUAUGAUGUUAUAUUUGAAUCGAAGAUGGAUACAGAUGUGGAACUAAUCGUUCAUAGGCUCAUUGGACCAAGGUCCCUGAAUAAGGCCAAAAAUAUAGAAGACCUUGAAGUCGACCGAUAUGUUGCCCCUCUUGCCAUCCAGCCUAGCGUCACAGUUACCUCGCCAGGCUCACCUGAACCAAGCCUCAAACACACACAACAGAAUUACGGAGCCACGCAUUCACAAAAUUGCGGCCGGAUACAAUUGAAGAUGUUCUAUGUGCCAACGUUGAAUCAACUAACAAUAACGAUAAUAAACGCUGUUUCCCUUCUCCCGAGAGAAAAUGGUCAACCGAGAAAUCCUUACUGCAAACUUUAUGUUCUUCCGGACAGGAGUGAGAAGAGCAAGAGACGAACAAAAACCGUUGCUGGCACUCUGGACCCAUUCUGGAAUCAAUCGUUUCUGUACAACAGCGUGAAGAAGGCGGAUCUUAAAAACCAAUCGCUUCAAAUUGUCGUGUACGAUUACGACCGGAUAGGCAGUGGAGAAUAUGUUGCCGAGACCGUGGUAGACCUACACACCUGCGAUUUGUCAGACGAAGCUCAAUGGUUCACAUUAUACCGCCACGAUGAUGGAAGCACAAACAUACAGUCCAUGUUUUGGCAGCAAGCUCGAUCGAAAACAUCGACGACCGGCACCAUGAACAACAAAGACCAUCUAUCUCCUCAAACCACAGUCAACUUAAGACUAAGUGAUAGCGAUGUUUCAGAAAUGGAUGAAAAUAAUGACGAACGCCGGCGAAGAGGAAAUCUAUUUUUAAACGGAAAUUCUGCUAAAAAUUCGAGAGCCAAAUCGUGUUCACCAUCAAGUUCAUUGAACCUGAUCAAAAAGAGACAACUACCUCAAAUACCGAUCUAUUGUUCACAAUCCAGCAUUGAUCG